AUGGCAAGCAAGGACGGCAACAAGAGCACCCUCUUCGUCGGUGGUCUAGAUGAACAGGUGACACCACAAGUCCUCCAUGCCGCAUUCAUCCCUUUUGGCGACAUUACACAGAUCGAGAUCCCCUCUGAUCCCACCUCCAACGCACCGCAUCGUGGGUUUGGAUUCGUCGAGUUUGAUCUGGCAGUGGACGCACAGGCUGCACAGGACAACAUGCAUCUUUCAGAACUCUUUGGCAGGACAAUCAAGGUCAACCUCGCAAAGCCAGGAAAAGGAGGUCCAGGGGGGCUGAGAAGUGGACCCGAGAAGGCUAUCUGGGCAGACGAGGAUUGGCUCAAGGAGAACGUCAUGGGCGACGACUCGCACUUGUUAUCAUCAGCAGCAGACCAGGAAUCAUGA